UAUGUAUGAUCAUCGGUUCUGCAGAAUGACUCGGCAACAUUUUGUUUCCUUUGUUUCCAUUCUAGGUGAAACUAAGCCUACAGGUGAGUAAAUAACAGUGGCUGCACCUGAGCUUGCCACUUGGUGGUGCAAGUGAGGCUUUGGGCCUUUUGGGGGCAUUAUAGCGAAUGAAGUGAUGGAGAUCUCGCUGUUUGGCGUGUUUUAUAUAUAUGCAUAUAUUUUUAUUUUUGGGGGAGCCGAUCAGAGCCAUAAUAAAUAUAUAUAUAUAUUCAAUAAAUGUACAUUUAUUGAAAGAACCAAGUUGGAGCGGACAUGAAGAUGGGUACGAGUACACAACCAUUCUGGUGGCUCUCUUUGGAGUGGUGCUGGCUGGCUCUGUCGUCCUUGGUUCAUGUCUGAUCCUUUAUAAAGCCUACAAAGCGCACAUCGUGGUGUCCGGGGACUUCUGCCUACUCCCUGCGUCCGGUGAGCCGCCCGUCUGUGUGCUGCUGGUGUACCCUGCUGAGUGUCCGGCCUUCCAGGGGGCGGUGGUGGCUCUGGCCGAGUUCCUCCAGGAGCACGGAGGCUUCAGUGUGGCCGUGGACCUCUGGCAGCAGGGACAGAUAGCCGAGCUGGGCCCCAUGCGCUGGGUGGCCGGUCAGGCCAAGGCUGCAGACAGAGUCCUGGUCGUCUGCCCCCAGACCAUUAGCUGCCAUUCCCACCAUGGCUUUCUUGGACCCUCAGUACCGGCCUCUGCCAGUGACCUUUACCCACUGGUUCUCAACAUGGUGGCCAGCCAUGCCAAGAACCCCAGUGAGUUGGCUCUGUUCUGGGCCGUGCAGCUAGGCAAGAGUCAGGAUGACAGCCCUAGAAGACUCCCAGGGGAACUCACAGCCUGCAAGAUGUUUUCUCUAACAAAGGACCUCCACAAGCUGUGUAGAAGCCUCCAUAACAGGAAACAGGACUCUUUGAUUCAAAGAAGGCCACAUAUAUUCUACAACGAAAAGAGCAUGAUGAAGCUGCAUGAGGCAAUAGGGCAGCUCACCGAGCACCAGUCUAGCAUAACUGCAGAGCAAGAGCACUUUAAUUCUGUAGUCGUCACUGUAUAAUAAUGUAUAUAUAAUUGUUACUGUACUAUUACAUUUUAUUUUGUACCUCGUAGCUUUUUGUAAGUAUAAAACCAAAAAAAUAAGUGAUACGUAUCCAUAGAUGGAUAUUAACUAUUGUUAGAAGUUAUAUAAUUGCUAACUAUUCAAGGUUCUGCUGUUACUAUGCUGUUAUACUGUUUUUAUAUAAAUGAUAAUCCACUAAAUCUGUGUUGAAAACAUUUAGAAAUAUAUUUUACAUUUCAAAUAUACAUCAACAUCAACAACAAAAACAACAACUGUACAUUUGUAUGUAUUUGAACUAAAUAAAUUACGCUUGAUAAUUGGA